AUAUAGACAUUUGUUUGGGUUAAAUUCCAUCUGCCAUUUCUCUGCCCAUUUCUGCAGCUGAUCUAUAUCCCACUGUAUCUUCUGACAGCCUUUCUCACUGUCUACAACUCGUCCAAAUUUGGUGCCAUCAGCAAAUCUACUCACCAUCUACAUUUACGUCCAAGUUAUAUCCAUAUAUCACAAACAGCAGGGAUCCUGGCACAGAUCCCUGCGGAACUCCACUGGUCACUGAGCACCAGCUGAAUAUUUACCUUCCACCACAACCCUCUGUCUUCUUAGAAUAAGCCAGUCCUGAAUCUAUAUGAUCAAGUCAUCGUGAAUUUCAUCCAUCUUAAUUUCAUGGAUCGGCCCUGCCAUGAGGGACCUUAUGAAAAGCCUUACUAAAAUCCAUGUAUACAAUAUCCACCACCCUAACUUCAUUAAUCUAUUUUGCAUUAUUAAAUACAAGGAUAUUUUAGAGACUCUUUGUCUAUCAUCUUUCAUGACCAGAUAUUCUCAGACUACAGAGCUUCAAUUUGAUCAGUUGCUUCCCUACUUUGACACAAGCAUUUAGUUGGCUUUGAAGCAUUUAUAGAUUAAAGUAAUUCACUGCGCAAACAUGCUUGCUCAUUUUUGUGUGACCUUAGCAAAUAAUGGCCAACAUAUUUGUUGAUGAAUGGCAGCAGAACCAAGAUCUCUCAAAUAUAUUGCAAAUAGGUUCUAGGUUCAGAUAAUUAUUAGCUGCAUACAUUCCAGCUGUUAUUUAAUCUCCCUUAUCCAAAGGGAUAUGAUUAUUCAAGCAACCUAAAUAAUAUAAUCUCAGUUCAUGUCAAGCAUUCAACCAGGGACCUAUUUUAUUUGGAGGGCCAACAUAUGAUAGAUUCUGAAGAAAACAAAACUUGUACAUGUCUGAAUGGAAUAAAUGUACGUCUAUAUUUAAUUACAAAUUGCUGAAUGGAAUUUCCUAGCCAUUUCAAGUUAAUGACCAUAUAACCAUAAUGUACAUAACCUUUACAUAUUUUUGUGAUUUUGAGCUUGAGAUCAGAAGUAGACUUGAGACCUUGAGAUCAGAAUUAACUCUUUUUUCAACGAGUAUUUUUUCAGAAUUGAGCUCCAGGUGAACACUGAAGAUAGACACAAAGAGCUGGAGUAACUCAACGGGUCAAACAGCAUCUCUGGAGAAAAGGAAUAGGUCACGUUUCAGAUCGAGACCCUUCUUCAGACUGAGGGUCAGGGGAGAACACAGUGGAUUAGGUUCUUAUGAGAGAUAAUAUAUCAUCAAUAUAUGUAAAUAAUUUAACUGAAAUGUAUAGUGGGUAUGAAAAAAAAAAGUAAUGUGGGGAAAUAUGAAUUACUUAUGUCAUUUUAACAUUAGUUCUUUCAAUGGCAUAAAAUCUAUAGGUUUUUAGAAAGUUUAUAAUCUAUUUAAACAGGAAAUAGAUCAUUAAAAAUGAUAAGCCGUGUCCAGGUUGCAACGUGUUUUGUUCAAUUAUUAAAUUAAGGUCCAAAAACAACUGCUUUCUCCUAAAAAACUGUGAUGGAACCUUACUUCAUGUUAAAAUAUAUCCUUUGAACAGCAAAAUAAAUCUAAUUGAAGUCCAAGGAUUAUGCGCCUAAAGCGUUUGUUUUUUUAAUAAAGAUAGGACUUUUGCACGUGUUGGAAAUAUGUUAUCAAGUUUCAGCAAGUGCAAAGACCACAUAAUUCAGCAACCCAGAGGGGUUUUCCCAGUGACUCAUGUGAUCCAGUCAGUACUCAAAUGGAAAAUAUUGUACUGCCCUGAAAUUAGUGUCAGCCUAGAUUCUCAUUCAGCGGUUUCACCAUCAUCUGUGUGAAAAUAACAGUUCUUUGUUAAACAGGCUGGCAGGUGCAAAGACUGCAGCAGAAAACGCGGAGCUGGAAGGUCUACAUCAAUCAGUAGAAAGAAAAGCACCUUCAUGGGAAAUAAGGAAGGUUUGAUGGCUUCACCAUGGGUCUAGCUAAUUUAAUAAAGAAGGUAUCUGCAAUGAUGUUAUGCAUUACAUCAAAUGUUUCAGGUAUUUCCCUUGUUCAAUUUCCUGGUAUAGUUGUGGUAAAACCAGCUCCAGUCUUCCUGGUGGGUUCAAACAUUUCGAUCACCUGUGUGUCCGGGAAACAACAUUGCAGUAUUGAUGAAUUUAAACUCGUUAUUAAUAAAGAGAAAGUACAAAUGAAGCGCUUUAAUAAUACAUCGGCUCAUUACUGGAUGACUAACGUUACGACCCACAACCUCAUAAUACACUGCUAUGUUGAAUGCGUGGAUGGGACCAAUAUGCUAGUGUGUCGAGAAAACCUUCAAUCUGGUUAUCCCCCAAGUCAGCCAAGUGAUCUGAAGUGUGUAUGGAGACAUAACUACAUGCAGUGCAGCUGGAUAGCAGGGAAACAGACGUUUCUUGUGACACAAUACACCCUUCACAUCCAAAGUGUGAAAACAGGUGAAGAACAGAGAUUUUCAGCAGAAUCCAGAGCCAGCAUUGUCACUGUCCCAGGACAUCAUCUUCAAGAAGCCUUGAAAUACAAGGUUUGGGUGGAAGCUGUGAAUGCAUUAGGAAAUGCAACAUCCAAGGAUUUAGCCUUUGAGCUGAAUGAUAUAGCGAUGCCUGACACUCCAAAAAUCAUAAAAGUUGAAUUUAUAAACAAUUCUGCAUCCAAGACCAUUAUUCACUGGAAAAAUUCAACACCAAGUGCAAAGUAUGAUUUUGAAGCGAAAUAUAAAAUAAAAUCUGAUCCAGAAGUCAACUGGACUCUGGUCGCUAAAAAUGACAUCAUUGGGCAUUUAUGCUAUCUCAACCACUGUGAGCCCUUCAGGGAAUAUGAGUUUCGGAUCCGCCGCAAAUAUGUUCAAGGCAGUAAGCAGUGGAGUGAAUGGAGCAGCUCAUUUAUCACCAUAUCCCCUGAGGCAGAACCAGCAGGAGUUUUGGAUGCAUGGAAUUUACGUGAGUCAGUUGAUCUGAACAAACAUGGAAGAAUAUUCAUUUACUGGAAGCCUCUCCACCAUCCUCAGGAAACCAGGGGAAUUAUUCUCGGUUAUCAUAUUUAUCAUGAACAAAACGGACAGAAAAAGAUCAUCCAGUUGUGUAAUGCAUCUGCAACCCGGUACAUCUGGCGAACACCAUGGGUACCACACACUAUCUUUGUGACUGCAUUUAACUCCAAGGGAAACUCUCCACCCACUGUGCUCCACAUAGGAGAAGCAAAACUAAUGGCUCCCAGAAACGUUAAGGUGUUACCUGCUGGAGACUCUGGAAUAUUUGUCAAAUGGGAACCGCCAGAUGAAACCAGUGAACCAGUGCUGGCUUAUGUAGUCGACUGGAUCGAGGUAGCUGAGAGCAACAAGGAGCUGCUUGAUUGGAAAAGGCUGCCUUGGGAAAAUCACUCUUUGUUUAUGGGACAAACUUCCUCACCUCAGGAAUUUCUAAUAUCAGGAAAAAGCAUUAUGCCAAGGAAACGCUACAAUAUAUCUGUUACUGCAGUUUACCAGAAUGAACGAGGAAGAUCGUGUUUAGCCCAGGGAUAUUCAGUAGAAGGAAAACCUACAAUAGGACCAGAUGUGUUACUGAUGAAAUUUGAUGGAAGCCAAGUGCAAGUAAAAUGGGAGGAGAUUCCACUUGAAAGCCGGCAAGGGUUUAUCACCGGUUAUACAAUAUACGUAGAAAAAGGUUCAGAUGGAUCCAAUCUUGUUCAGUAUAAUGUCACCAACGUUGCUGCAAGGACCUACUGGCUGACACUUGAAUUGGACACAGUUUACACCAUUCAUAUGACUGCCACAACAGCGGCUGGAGAAGGGGCGAUGGGAGCAAGGACACCCAUCAAACUUGACUAUCAUGGCAUUGCCCUUCCACUGCAGCUCAGCCUGGGAAUAAGCAUUCCAUCAGCCUUCCUUUUAGCUCUGACACUUGCAAAAUCAGUCAGGCAAAGAAUUAAAACAAUGUGCAAAGUGUUCUUGCCUGGGUGGGUUCAUGAAGAAUUUCCAGACGUGGAGAACAGCAAAGUGGCUAAAGAACUUGAGAAGAAAAAUGAUUUCCCCUUUCCAUAUUCUCCAAUGCAUCCGAUGUACAACGAUCCACCAAUCAUAGAGGUGCAGGAAGCUUUGUUACCAAAAAUCAACAUAAACCCAACUCAGAUCUUGCAUGAAACUUCUAAGCAACAAAGAGACCAAGGAGGUUUGGAUAAUCAAGAAGUGGACACUCCAGAAGCUUUAAAUGUUGAUCAAUGUCAAGUAAAUGAGGAAGAAGCUGAAACUGUUGGGUACAAGCCUCAAAUCUCUACUUGUCAUGUGCCAACUUUAUCACAUAAUGGAGACCAAGCAAUUCAAAAGGAUGAGAUAAAUCAAGUAAAGGAAUACAAAGGCUUCAACUUACCAGUGUUUCACAGAACAGCUGAUAUUUCCACCAAUGGUAAUAUGAACAUCGAUUUGAACUCAAGCCAAAAUGUUGAACAAGACAAUUUAAAGUACUUGCUUAAGAUGGAAGAGGCUCACUUUGCACUUGGAGAGCAUCAUAGAAUAUAUGUCACUGAAGACUCAUUUCAAGAGCAAACUCUACUACCGGAUGAAUUUAUUGAUUGUUUACUGCACCUGGAAGAAACCUCCACUGAUAUUAAGUCUUACUUCCCCCAGAUUGUGGCUAUUCAGUGACACUCCUUAAACGCACCAAAUUCCAUUCCUUACCUCAAGACCCAAGAAGCUAGAUUACUUCUGUAAAUUGUUGAAAUAUGUAUGGGCCAUUUAACUUGAGUUGUACUCUUAGAAAUUUAAAUAUAAAAGUAUAAAACCAAAAUAAAGGAAAGAAUUGAUCUUUUGUUCUCAACAGAAUGAAUGUGGAAAUGAGCUGCUACAAAACAUAACUAAUUUUACAUUAUCCCCCUUUCAGCAUGGAAAAUAUAUGGGAAUGAACAAAGCACAGUUUUAGGGUUCAUUUUUUCAGAGAUGUCAUCAAGUUUGCAAAUACACCAUUUUGCUAAAACACCUCUGCAACCAAUCGAAAGCCUCCACAUAUUUCCUGUAAUGGGACAACAGAAGAGCACAUAAUAUUCCAAAUUUGGCCCAACCAAAUACCUAUAAAGCUGUAUCAUGACUUACUGGCUCUGAUAAUCAAUACUCUGACCUAUGAGCAUUACCAUAUGCCUUCUUUACCACUCUUACUUACUUGUGUUAGGGACUUGUUUCAAGGAGUUAUGGACUUCGACCCCAAGAUCCCUCUGUACAACAGUGCUAUUAAGGGCCAUGCCAGUAAUUGUAUAUUUAGCCCUUACAUUUGACGUCCUAAAGUGCAACAUAUCACACUAGCUUAGAAUAAACUCCCCUCUGAGACCACCUCCUGUGAAUCCAACUCCUCCCCCAGGAUGGAGCCAGCCUUCCUGAUGAGUUUGUUAAUCCUAUUGGCCACCGCAGCCUUCGCCCUGCUGCCCCAGCACACGACAGUGAAGAAGAUGGCGCUGGCUACUACCGAUUGGUAGAACAUCUGCAGCAUCUUAAUGCAGAUGACCUUGCCCAUCUCCUGUGGCUCCACACUGCUUUGUUUCCUGAGGGGCCUACAUUAUCUCCCUAGUUACCCUUUUUUGCUUAAUGUACUAUAUUUUAAAAAAUUCUUGAGAUUAUCCUUAUAUUUUCUGUCGGAGCUAUCUCCUGUCUCUUUUUUGCUCAUUUGAUUUCCUUUUUCAUAUUGCUCUUCAGUUCCCAAAAUUCCAUGAUCUCAGUUGCCUCUACCUGCCCCAAGCCUAUUUUCUUGACCAGGGCCUCAAUUUCACUCAUCAUCCAAGCUUCCUUUCACCCACCUGCUCUGCCCUUCACUCUGACAGGAACAUGCAGGUCCUGGACUCUUGUCAGCACACUUUUAAAAACAUCCCACUUUCCCAACGUUCCUUUUCCUUCAUAUAAACUGCUCCAAUCAACUUGACCGAGUUCCUGUCCAUCACCUUACCCGAAUCAAUCCUCAAAAAUCUCGAUCAAAUUAGUAAGACAAGACCUGCGUGUACAAAGCCAUGCUGACUAUCCCUAAUUAACCCAUUCUGUUUGCAAAUGGAAAUAAAUCCUAUCACAAAGAAUCCUCACCCUCACCCUUUUACAUAAGGCUCACCAGCCAAUAAUUCCAUGGAUGUUUUCUAGUUCCCUUCUUAAAUAAAGGAACAACAUCAGCUACUCUCCAGUCUUCUGGGACCACCUGUGGCUAGACAGGAUUUAAACGUCUUCAUCAAGGCUCCGGCAACCACCUCUCUUGGCUCUCUCAAUAACAUGGGAUAAAUCCCUUCAGGCCCUGGAAAUGUAUCCACCUUAAUGCACUUCAAGAGCCCGAACACCAUAUCUUUCUUAAUCUCAAACUACGUUUACAAAUUAGUAUUCUUCACACCGAUCCCACUGUCCUCCAUGUCCUUCUCCUUGGUGAAAGUAGAUGCAAAGUUCUUGUUUAGUACCCACCUACAUCCCCAAACUCCAAGCACAAAUUCCCUCCUUUAUCCUUUCUCCCCGGAUAUCAUCUAUUUUUAAAUAUAGGUAUAAUAAACCAUAGGAUUUUCUUUAAUCUGAUUGCCAAAGCUAUUUUGUGGCCCCUGUUGGCCCUUCUAAUAGCCCAAUUUGGCUCCUUUCUUUAUAUUCUUGACAUGCCCUGUCUGAUACCCACCUCUUAAAAAUUGCAUGCAUAUUCUUUUUUUUUUUUGGACCAAAUUGACAACCCCUUUGGUCAUCCAAGGUUCCCAUACUUUGCCAUCCUUAUCCCUCCUCCUUACAUGCCAGUUCUGAACAUUAAUCAUUGGCCUUUAAACAACUCCGACAUCAGAUGUGGACUUACUCAAUAACAAUCAUUCACCUGUGUCUCCUCUGUCUCCCAUAAUUCUGCUCUCACUCCCCUCCCCCCCGAUGGAACAAGGAUAGGGUUCAUCUAGUCCUCACCUUUCAGCUCACCAGCCUCCGCAUCCAAAACAUAAUUGGUCAACAUUAACGUCACCUUCUGCAUAAUCCCACCACCAGUCACAUCUUCCCAUCCCCCACCCCUAUCUGCCUUCCACGGAGACAGUUCCCUUCACAACUCCUUUUUCACUUUCCAAUCCAGACCACCCCAUCAGAAGGUGUCUCCCAUCUUCUGUUUUUUUUCAAUCUCUGGCCUUUCUGCAAACAUCUGCCUAUCAAAACCCUCUCUCACUAGUAUCCACCAAUUGCUUGUCAGGCUUUGUUCUUCCCUCCUCUCUUCCAGCUUCCAGGCCCUUCAGCCCAACUUGUCCACACCAUCCAACAUGCCCCAUCUACAUUAGAUCCAACUGCCUGCGUUUGGCCCAUGUCCUUGUAAACUCAUCCUAUCCAUGUACCUGUCCAAAUGUCUUUUAAACAUUGCGAUAGUUUCUGCCUCAACUACCUCCACUGGCAGCUCGUUACAAAUACCUACCAGUAUUUGUGUAAAACAGUUGCCCCUCAGGUUCCAAUUAAAUCUUCCCCCCUCUCAUUUUAUUCCUAUGUCCUCUGGUUCUUGAUUCCCCUACUCUGGGUAAAUGACUGCAUUUACCCUACCUAAUUCCUUCAUGAUCCUUUUCACCUCUGAAAGAUCAUCCCUCAUCCUCUUAUGCUUCAAGUCCUGGCAACAUCUUUUUUUUUAAAAUAUUUUUAUUAGAAGCAAUGUACAGUAGUUUAAACCGCGGCAUAUGACAAAAUACAUUUAAUGUACAUCUUCCAUUUAAAAUUUAACGAGAAAGAAAUAGAACAUGAGAGAAAUAGCGAGAAAGAGGGAAGUGAAAGAAAUAGUGAAUGUGUAAACCCCUAGACGACCAGAUAGUGCAGUCCAGGAGUGAAUGAGUAAAAGCCUAUAGAAGAA